AUGAAAGGGUACAAACAAAAUUCCCAUAAAAAGAAACCAGAAAGGUUUUCCAGUCCGUUUCUCAAUCGAUUUUACCUUCGGAGGCGUGUAAAGGCCCUGUGCACAGAAGAAGCUGAUCGGACAGUGGCCCAAAGUGAUGCAAAGGACAAACUUCGGGGUAGUGGAUAUCCAGCUAGCAUGAUUAAGCCUCAAUUGCGAAUGGUGUUGGCACAGGUAGCGAAACUCAGUAGGGAAUGGUUCGGGACCGCUGUUGUCCCAUAUAAACCAGGGACAUCGGAGCUUACUAUGGUACGCAAAAGUCGUAUAAUAUCUCAGCUGCUCGAGAUAUCGGAGUAUAUUUUCACUAUGGAACACACUACUCAAAAGGCUGUUGAAACUCUCCCACUACCAACUCCUGAGAAGGACAAAAUCCUACUGGUCUCGUCAGGUAGGCGCAGUGCCCAAGUUUCCGUCAACCUGGAACUCCUGAAAACAUCACGAAAGAGAGAUUUAGCGGGAUCCAGGAUGAUAGUGGAUACAAGUUCGGCUGCUACAGGGGAGGCCAGGCAAAAAUUGCACCGACCAAAGGUAUUCGAGGUUGUUCGCUAUGUAGGUGUUAUUUUUUGGGUUCCUGACUAUCGGAAUUCGGGAACCGUGGCCGACUGCACUCCCAUGAAAGUUCAGAAAAACCAGGCGACGGAACACAACUUUGCACCAUUUUCAGGAUUUCGUUCGCUGUCUCACGAGGCACCUGACACAGGAGACGUCAAAGACCCACCCUGCGGUUUGCCACGAAAUCAAAAGCUAUAUCCGCUUACACAGACCCAACUUCUAUUUGCGAACGGUAAUGGCUUCAGUACUCUGCUGAAUACAUCAAUGCUGUCACAGCAUCGACACGAUGCUUAUUCCCAAUCGAACGAGAAGCACCGGUGGGCGGCAACAUACGGUUGUAUCGGUGAAUACGUCUGGACAAGCCUUUCCCAUACAUUCAAUUGCCCUACCUAG